CGGUGUGAGUGUGUCAGAACAGUUUUUCAUCUCGUCGAGGCUGGUGCACGGGUACACGGCCGCACCACAUACAAGCGUGAGGUGAAACAAUUCCGUGAACUCCGUGUGCUCCGUGACCAAAAAAAGAAAAAGCUACAAGUGAUCUUUAUUCUGCGGUUAGAAAGGUCCACAUACACAACGCGACAAAAAGACUACCACAAGCACACAAAAUGUCAGAGGACACACGCGUGAAGAUACAGGUCUUCCGGCCCACCUGGGAAGAGUUCAAAGACUUCCCGAAGUACAUCGAAUACAUCGAGUCGCAGGGCGCCCACAAAGCCGGUCUAGCAAAGAUAAUUCCUCCCCCAGAGUGGAAGCCGCGCAAAAGUGGGUACGAUUUGGAUAGUUUAGACAUUACUAUUCCGUCGCCCAUCUGCCAGGUGGUUGCCGGCAAGCAGGGGCUCUAUCAACAAAUCAAUAUUCAGAAAAAUGCACUCACGGUCAAGCAGUUUGCUGAGUUAGCCAACACAGAACGCUAUGCUACUCCAAAACAUUUCGACUUUGAAGAUUUGGAGCGAAAAUACUGGAAAAACAUAACCUAUGUGGCUCCGAUUUAUGGUGCCGAUGUGUGUGGAAGCAUCACCGAUAAAGACUGCAAUAUCUGGAACAUCAACCAUCUCGGUACGAUUUUGGACUUUGUGGACGAAGAUUACGGCAUCUCGAUCGACGGGGUGAACACCGCCUACCUGUAUUUCGGCAUGUGGAAAACAACCUUCGCCUGGCACACGGAGGACAUGGACCUGUACUCGAUCAACUAUCUUCACUUCGGGGCACCGAAGACGUGGUACGCCGUGCCGCCGGAGCAUGGCCGCAAGCUGGAAAAGCUGGCCAGAAACAGCUUCCCCGCCAGCCACAAGACCUGUCCCGCCUUUCUGCGCCACAAAAUGACGCUGAUCAGCCCGCAGAUACUGAAGCAGCACAACAUUCCGUACGAUAAGAUAACGCAGGAGGAGAACGAAAUCAUGAUCACGUUCCCGUUCGGCUACCAUGCCGGCUUCAACCACGGGUUUAACUGUGCCGAGUCGACCAACUUCGCGAUGCCCCGGUGGAUCGAGUACGGCAAGCGGGCGGCCCAGUGCUACUGCAGCUCGGAAAUGGUGAAGAUACUGAUGGACACCUUCGUGAAGCGGUUCCAGCCGGACCGGUACGAGGCGUGGAUGGACGGUACGGAUUUCGGGCCGCAUCCGGAGGAUCCGACCACGAUACUGGGCCCGCCGCCCCGCAUACUGGACGCGAGCGGCGACGAGCGGGACGAGGGCAUCGAGGACGGUGGGCCGGCGACGGCCGCGGCGGCGGCUGCACCGCUCAAGAAGGGCUGCAACCUGACCGUCAGCAUACGGAACGUUUCGUUCAAGGAGAAAAAUCCCGACCUCGACCUGACGGACAUCCAGCAGAACCCGCACCUGCCGGACGACGUGAAGCAGGCGCUGUACGGCAUCGCCGACGAGGAGGAGCCGCCCAAGCCGGCGAAAAGCUUCAAACAGUCCUCGUACGAUCCGUUCGACGACGAGGACGAGGAGGAGGAGGACGAGUAUCUGGAGCGUCGGAAGAAGGCGGGCAAGAAGAGGAAAAAAGUGGACAGCGAUUACGACGACGACUGGUACUCCACCACGCACGCCAAAUCGAAGGGACGGAAAAGUGGGACGCCCAAAAAGCGGGACGACACGCCACUGGACAUGGAAAAGCGCGAAAGGCAGCUGGCGGCGAAAAGGCUCAACAUCAAUAAAAAGCGCCAGGAGCAGCGGCUCGAGAAGGAACGGCUACUGCAGCAGCAGCAGCGGCUCGAGAAGGAACGACUACAGCAGCAGCUGCUCCUCCGAAGGCAGCAACAAAAUCGACCGACGAACGGUAAAAGCAGCAACGGCAUGAUCGACCGGCAGAAGGCGAUGCCGCGCACCAUUCCACCCGAUCCACUGCGCAUCGAAACGAGCUCGAACCGGGGCGGAGCAGCGGCGCCAGUGGGAAGAGUGUGCGUACUGAAGGCACCGUUCUACCAGCGACGGGCCGCAUCGCUGGACGAGGUCGAUCCGCUCAGUGUGCGAGCGCGCCAAUCUUUGCCAUCGACCAAAGCGCCGAAACCGACGCCGAUGAUCGGCAAGCCGGCUGAGCGCAAGUCGCUGCCCGAUACCUUCCUGUCGGAUGUGGCGAAACGGUACCCGGAGCUGGAAAUACGUCCCGCAAAGGACUACCUGUUAACCUCCGUUGGCUACAAGCAGGAAAAGCAAUCCAUACCAUCCAAAGCCGUUGCUGCUAAGCCACGAAGUGUAACCAAACCGAUUCAGGCAGCCACUAGUCCGCUGAUACCGAUCGACAAACGGCCACCGCAGGGUAGAAAAUCGUUACCAGCCGUUCCUAGCGCCAGCAGUGCUCCCGUGCCCACACCAGUCUCGGGCAGCGCUGCGACUGCAGGCAGUACGUCCGUUCCCACAAACUCGACUCCAAAACCAAAAUCGGCUACGAAGCGACGGAAAUCCACGCCCGCCGUGUCCGCCAAGCCGGUAGUGUACGAAACGGCGCUCAAAAAACCGUCGCCCGAUUUGUUCGACAACAGCAAAGACUUUUUCACCGUGUUCAAUCAAUUCGUGGCCGGUGAUCAGAUGCAGGUGACGACGACGCACCACCCGGUGAUGGAUAAACCGGUGAGCAGUGUGGCCACCGUACCGGUGCCGACCAAAACAAGCUCCCUGCCCGUUGCCGGACCACUGUGGAACAAUAAGGUUCGUCCGCUGCUGGUGAACAGCACCUCGCAGAUCGUGCGUGCGGCCAGCGCGCUGCAAAUGCCGACUCCCCCAGCAAGCAGUACUCCCAUUGAAACGCUAAAAUCCACUGAAAUUGCUGCAACGUGCGUAAACUAUGUUGCACAGCCGAGGCAGGUGCCGGUAGCACCGGUAAAUAGCAUCCCUACACCAUCAUCCUCGUCCACGAAUGGUGGUCCGGUUGGGGGUGAAAUGACCGAAAAUCAACGUGAUGCCGCUACCCAGCAAGCCGCCGCCGACUCAACGGUUCUACUGCUGCACAACGGCAACCAGCUCAAUGUGAUGGAUCGUACGAUCCUGAAGGUACCAAAGCCACCGCAACCACCACCCAUUACGAUACCGGUGGUAGCGUCCGACGGUAUCAGCCCGAACAGCAACGGCACGUCACAGCCGUCAAGCAAUGUUAUUAAUGUUUUAAUAAUUAACGGUACCGAUGUGAGUACCGUAACGCCAUACACUAUUGACACACCACCGCUGCUACAGGAUGAUCAACUGGCGCCCAUCGCGAGUAGUACGCUAGUGCAACCAACAGCCUGCGUAAGCGAUACACUAAUCCAAACCAAUAGUACAUGCAGUUAAGUAGUUGUUUUACCCAGCAAAGGGUGCUUAUUUACCAAAAAAACAAACACACAAACCUCCUCUCCCGCCCCCACACACACACACGCUAUAGGAAGGUAAAUGGAGCAGCAGCGCUUUAUUGUGUGCGCUUUGGCUCUCCCGCAAAUGUACUCAGCUCACAUCUGCUCUAACCACCCUCCAUGCUCUAGUAAUUAAGUGGCCAUACACUUUCGUUUCUUUUAUUUCAUCAAACAAUUUCAAUUCAUGCUUUAAUUUACAUUCAGUAGGCCAGGGUACAUCGGCAGCGACACACUGAGCAUUUAUUUUUACCUUUAUGUGAUUUACUACAUUAGUGUAGCGCGCCCAGGAGACGUAUAAAUUUAUAAGAAACACAGACACACACUCACACCACCCAGAGUAGGCCGCCGUUUUAGUAUUGGUUAAGAUGUAAGUGUACGAAAAUUAGUGUGCUUUAAUUUAAUUGUCGUCUUGGUCUCAAUUGCUUAAAAUUAAAAGAAAAACAAACAAACACGGUACGUCAGUUAGGCGUAAAAGAGAGAGAGAGAGAGAGUUUAGUGUAUCGUUAAGUACGGCACGAAACGUUGUACUAAGAAAGGCGAGUCAGUGCAGUCAGUUUAGCGUGCACUGUAGCUAAGUUAGUAGCACAUUGCGCUACACCCUAUCUCUGCUAUCUGUUACCUACACUCACACUUUAACAUAAAAACUGCUAUGAAUAUAGUAAUAUAAAUUUAAAUUUUACGAAAAAAGAACUAUAGACAAAGUGAUUUCAAAUGAAUAAAACUCAUUAAAAACGAA